AUGGCUCCUGUCGGUGGUGGUGGCGGUGAUAUCCAGGUAGCGGCUUUGGCACGUCGAAAGGCCCUCGCUGGCGCAUCCGGACCCAUGGCCCUGGUAAAGAACGCAAAAGUGUCCGGUAUUGCAUGCUUUGCUUGCUUGGGAGGCUUGCUAUAUGGAUACAAUCAGGGUGUCUUUUCUGGUGUUCUUACCAUGAAUGCUUUCAAGAGGCAUAUGGGCGAUUACAUCAAAGAUCCACAGACGCUGGAAUGGAACUCUUCCAAACAAGGCUGGCUGGUUUCUAUUCUCGAACUCGGAGCUUGGUUCGGAACCAUGUACUCUGGUUUUCUUGCUGAGAUCCUGUCGCAGAAAUGGGCCAUUCUGAUCAACGUUGCCAUAUUCAUCGUCGGUGUUAUCGUACAAUGCACAGCUAUCACAGGAAUCGGACACAGCGCUAUCCUGGGUGGUCGCUUUGUUACGGGUAUGGGCGUAGGCUCUUUGUCCAUGAUUGUGCCGAUGUAUAACGCGGAGAUUGCUCCACCAGAGGUACGCGGUGCGCUUGUUGGACUCCAGCAAUUGAGUAUCACACUGGGAAUUAUGGUCUCGUUUCGGAUCGACUAUGGCACCAACUACAUCGGCGGAACCGGAGCCGGACAAAAGGAUUCUGCAUGGCUCAUCCCUCUUGCUUUGCAACUGGCUCCCGCUGUCCUUCUCGGUGUCGGUAUGCUCUUCAUGUCUUUCUCUCCACGUUGGCUCGUCCACCACAAUCGCGAAGACGAGGCCCGCCGUGUGCUCGCUCAGCUGCGUGGCCUUUCCCAGGACGAUGAGCUUAUUGAGCUCGAGUACGCCGAGAUCCGCGCUCAGAGUUUGUUUGAGAAGAAGUCGCUUGCAGAAAACUUCCCCCACCUCCAGGAUAUGAGUGCGGCGUCAAUCUUCAAACUUCAGUUUGUGGCAAUUGGAAGCCUAUUUACAACAAAGGGCAUGUUCAAGCGCGUCGUCAUCUCAGUGCUUACCAUGUUGUUCCAACAAUGGACGGGAAUUAAUGCAAUCUUGUACUAUGCGCCGACCAUCUUCGGUGAUCUGGGGUUGUCAUGUAAUUCUGUUAGUUUACUGGCUACUGGCGUUGUGGGCAUUGCCAUGUUUGUUGCAACCAUCCCAGCAGUUCUGUAUGUCGACACGCUUGGCCGCAAACCAGUGCUUAUCAGUGGAGCUAUCGGUAUGGCUGCUUGCCACUUCAUCAUCUCUGGCAUUGUAGCCAGUUUUGAAAACGACUGGCCACACCAUCAAGGUGCGGGCUGGGCUGCAUGUGCCAUGGUCUGGCUGUUUGUUGUCUUCUUUGGUUAUUCGUGGGGUCCUUGCUCGUGGAUUGUCAUGGCAGAGAUUUGGCCCCUGGCAAACCGCCCAUACGGUAUUGCUCUUGGCGCGUCUUCUAACUGGAUGAACAACUUCAUUGUCGGUCAAGUAACACCAGAUAUGCUUACGCACCUGCGUUAUGGCACUUAUAUCUUCUUUGGUAUCUUCACUGCUGUGGGCGCUGCUUUCAUCUUCUUCUUUUUCCCGGAGACAAGGGGAUUGUCGCUGGAAGAGAUGGAUCAUCUCUUUGGAUCAGUCGGCACUGCGCAGCGCGAAAAGGAACGUUGGAAUGAGGUCUAUCGUGAGGUUGGGCUUGCAGAGCUCCUGGAGCGCUGUGGUCUGGUGGAUCAGACUGCUGAUUCGGGUGCAUCGAUAGAAAAGGAACUGCCGAGCUAUAAUGACAAACUUGAGAAGGAUAAGCCGGCGUUUCAUGAGUUGGCGUAG